AUGCCAAAAUGUGCUGCCUCCAUAUCCCAGGAGGAGCCAAGUGCUAAACGCGCAAAGGAACAGUUGUUGCCCUUAUUGCCCUUGACAGAUUGUCAGACUUCAGAUAUUGUUACAGAACAGGGCAUUGACAACAAGGUCAUAGUGCUGGAGGACAAAGAAGAUGUCCCACAGGCCAGCACAUCACGCCUUCUCCGACCCCAUUAUCCAAGAUCUCGUCCAUCACACAAAGCUGAGAAUCUAUUUAUGGAUCUUGAGGCACAGCAAGAUGACAAGGACGACAAACUGGAUGAUGAGGAGGAAGAAGAAGAAGAUGCUUACAAGCAUGACCUCUCUGAAGCAAUUGCAAGGAUUGAGGUCAAUGCAAACAGCAGAGGCAGUACAUCUGCUCCCUGUCCUCCCUACAUUCUCAGAAAACGGAUGUACUUAUUCACGGUCAAUGUACCUGCAAGGCAAUAUCUUGCCAAGAAAAUGGAGAAGAAGGCCUGCAAUUUCCUUACCCCUGCUGGCUCAGGGUCAAACAGGAGCAACAACUUUAUAAUAGUGGAGUGGGCCAUGGGGGACAAGCCAUGGGACUCAGACCAAGCAAGUGAGAAUGGAUGCAGGAAUAGUUUCAAAUUAAGCAAGAUUGCUAGUGGAGGAGAGCAUUCAAAAGCAGAUGAAUGGCACAAUUUCAUAUGUGGACAUGUCAACAGGAUGAAGAUGCACCUCCUCCACCAAGCUGUCAUUAAAUUGAAAGAGAUACUGUACAAGAGCCGCAUCAAAAACCUUGCUCAUGAUGAGGAUGCACAGAGUGAUGAUUACAUUGCUCUUGAAGACAUUGACAAGCUGCAACUAUCACAUUCACUGUCAAAAUAUUUCAUGUUGGAGGCAUCACAAUCAUGGGCUGCGAUGAACUGCCAACUCACACUGAACUUUCAUUUUUCCAGCCAUACGCUCAAGUAUAUUAAUACCUAUGGUCCGGCAUAUGCCGGUGGGUGUUUCCAUAUGAGCAAGCCAUUGGUGUUCUCAGCAAGGCUAACCACAAUGGACAUGGAGGUGGUGAAGUUGAGAGGACACUCAUGGAGGAGUAUCUUAAUCCAGGAGCUGGUGGGACACAGUUUCUAG